CUGGCUGAGGGGGAAUCCAUCAGUGUGAUGUCACGGGCCGCAGACAUCCGAGAGGCGGGUCUGAAACAGCCCAGGAGGACGGCCACCUCCACAGCGUGUCUGAGCAAAAUGAAACAUGGAUGAGGAGGUCGCCGAAAGUUGGGAAGAAGCUGCUGACAGUGGGGAAAUGGAAAAACGGUUAGAAGAGAAGCUAAGGAUCAGCCAGAAAGAAAAGGAGUCCAGUAACAAUUCUUCACAGUCUCCGCUGAAGACAACCAUGGUGAUACAGGACGACUCUCUACCAGCAGCACCCCCACCCCAGAUUCGCAUUUUGAAGCGGCCUGCUAGUAACGGGUCGCUGGGAUCAGCCUUGAAUCAGAACAGGCCUACACCACAGGUCAAGUCUCUGGCUCAGCGUGAGGCAGAGUAUGCAGAGGCCAGGAAGAGAAUACUGGGCAGCGCUUGCCCAGAGGAGACGCCUCAGGACAAGCCCAACACUGACAGGCCAGGGCGCAAUAACUCUACAUUGCCUUCAGAGGACACCCGAUCAAACAAUCACACUGUCCGGCAGCCGGCCGGUCCAGACGGCACCCAUGGGUUCCGACAGCACAGAUAAGCGGGCCCUGGGGCCACCCAGACAUCGAGAGGAGAGAGAUCUAGGGCCUCCUGAGAGCAAAGACAGCACUGUAUUCUUAAACUUCCUUCCCUCAGUUCCAUGUUAUCAGAUGAGCUGGGAGAACAGCCACACUGCUGCUCAACUCGUCCCACCAGCAGUCGUGUGGAACUGACAGGGAGCAAGGAACUCCAGGAGGAAGUCAAAUAUGCUCUUCUCUCUCCCCAGUCCAGUCUGUUUGACACUGUGAUUAUGGACAUCUUCUGGACUCACUGUGAUGAUCCCUUUAAGAGACGCCCCUCACCUCCAUCUCUCUCCUCUUUCAGUCCCCAGCAGCUCCAGGAUGCCUGCAAGGCAGAAGCAAAGACUUUCUCACAGAGAGGAGGAGAUGUGAUGGGCCAUAGUAAAAUGAGAUGAGCUGGUACUUGUGCAGCAGCUUCUCCCCAGCAAUAAUACCACACAUCACUUCUCACCUUUCAUGUUUUUAAUUUUUCAGAUGUUGGCUGACUAGAUUUUUAUCUUGUGUUUUUCUCACUUGUCUUUAAUUCUCUAUGUUAGGGAUGCACAGAUAAAAGUACUUCACAUGAUACAAACACCACCAAGAACAUGUUCAUUAAAACAGCAUUUCAUUUUGAUAUUUUAAAAAACAAACCUACAACAUCUACAGUUUUAUAAAAACAUUACAUUUUUUUCCAAUUUCUUGUGGGCUAAAAUUAUUUCCAAAUUCCAGGAUUUGGUUUCUUCGUACAGUUUAAACACAAACACAGCAGUUUGUGGUGUCAGGUCUCCCACAGUGAACUCACCACUAAAGCAGAGUAUUGAACUGUUAGCAUUGUCAGUGCACCCCUAAUAUGUAAAUUGCCAUUUGUUUUUGUUUUUUUAAAACUGAGGGUAUGGGGUCAUUGUGUGUCAAGUUGUAUAUCUGACAAGUUCUGUUUACGAGUUUUGGUUUUUAAUGAAGCUUUUCAGCUGUCUUCCUUGGACUGUCACUUCAUUGUUUCUAUUUAAAAGUAAAAGCAAAAAAAAAAAAAAAGACAUGAAGAGGAGAUUGUGGAUUUCAGUCCAUUUUUAAGUAGCUUUUCUGCCUUUUUGUAUGAGUUGGCGGCAGUGUCAGAGCAGUGUUUUAAUCGAAAUGAACCAAAAGCCCAUUUUAAAAUCAACCUGUAAAUGUAUCAGGUAAUCCAGAUGUCAUUAUUUGAGGGUGUUGUUGGCAGCAACUCGUGGUUCAGAUGGGGGUGGGGGGGGUGAAUUUACUGCUGUACUUUACAAGCCGCUUGUUGCAUCUCCACCCUGUCAGCGGUGUGCUUGUUUCAUCGUGUCCUUCACUGACGUACAGUAUGUAGAAACUCAGGUGCAAGCGAACGAGACUGAAUGAAUGAAAUGAACAAAGAUUGUAUUUUUCCAGCAGGUUUGAUCGCUCAAACAGCAAAUGUCCGUAUUUAAGCUUGGGUUGGCACUUUGUUAGAAACAGUGCUAUGCAGAGUGUGCAAUGAAAUGUAACUCAAAUGAUGUCCACGUCCCAAGAUGAAUGAAUGAGUUUUUUUUUUCUUUCUUUUUUUCUUGGUCUUAUCUGUUUGCAUCUUUGUCACAGUAUGAAACUGUAACACCACUCCCUUGUUCAGUAACUGAGAAAUGGAACUUGUAGACACAGCUGGGUGUGAACCAGAGAGGUAGCAGCCUUGCCUGGCUGUCCCAUCGUGCCCAAAAGAUGUGAUUAGUUUUUCCACCUUUUGUUUGUUUCAAACAGAGAAAAGAUCUCAACAAAGCCAUAUUCAGUGGUGCACAUCAUCAGUAGAAAAGUUCUAAUAAUGGUUGAAUUCAGCUUGUGCCUCCUGUAUCACAUCUUUACUUCCUGGUUGUUGAUUUUACUGUAGUUGAAGCAGGUGAAUAUAUCUGAGGGAGAACUCACAAUACUGGUGAAGAGAUUUUAGUUCAGGAACUCUAGCGGCAGAGCAGGAGACAGACGGGUUUAGCUGAGCUCUGAGUGAGAACACAAACUGCCUGUAAAUACUGAUUUAAUAAAAUGAUUUGCCAAAAAAAUGUCA